CAAGUAGUAUAAAGGCAACCAUCUCAGACAUCACCAACAGGCCAUCACUCCAGUUGCCACCAUGCUGGCCUCAGGGCUGCUCCUCGUGGCUUUGCUGGCCUGUCUGACUGUCAUGGUCUUGAUGUCUGUCUGGCGGCAAAGGAAGCUCAAAGGGAAAUUGCCUCCAGGGCCCACUCCUCUGCCCUUCAUCGGGAACUACCUGCAGCUGAACACUGAGCAGAUGUACAACUCCCUCAUGAAGAUCAGUGAGCGCUACGGCCCUGUGUUCACCAUCCACCUGGGGACCCGGCAGAUCGUGGUGCUGUGUGGCUAUGAUGCUGUGAAGGAGGCUCUGGUGGACCAGGCUGAAGAAUUCAGUGGGCGAGGCGAGCAGGCUACCUUUGACUGGCUCUUCAAAGGCUAUGGUGAGGGAGACUGAGGGGAAGGGGGCAUGGUCAGACAGACUUCAGGGGAUGGAACCCAACGCGGCAUCGAAGAACGCAUCCAGGAGGAGGCGGGCUUCCUCAUCGAGGCCUUCCGGGGCACUCGCGGCGCCUUCGUCGAUCCCACCUUCUUCCUGAGCCGAACAGUCUCCAAUGUAAUCAGCUCCAUUGUCUUCGGGGACCGCUUUGACUACGAGGACAAAGAGUUCCUGUCACUACUGCGAAUGAUGCUGGGAAGCUUCCAGUUCACUGCUACGUCUACCGGGCAGCUCUACGAAAUGUUCUACUCAGUAAUGAAAUAUCUGCCAGGGCCACAGCAACAGGCCUUUAAGGAGCUGCAGGGACUGGAGGACUUCAUAGCCAAGAAGGUGGAACAAAACCAGCGCACACUGGACCCCAACUCCCCACGGGACUUCAUCGACUCCUUCCUCAUCCGCAUGCAGGAGGAGAAGGAGAAUCCCAACACGGAGUUCUACAGGAAGAACCUGGUGAUGACAACACUGAACCUCUUCUUUGCGGGCACAGAGACGGUCAGCACAACCAUGCGGUAUGGCUUCCUGCUGCUCAUGAAGCACCCAGAUGUGGAGGCCAAAGUCCAUGAGGAGAUUGACCGCGUAAUCGGCAAGAACCGUCAGCCCAAGUUUGAGGACCGAGCCAAGAUGCCCUACACAGAGGCUGUGAUCCACGAGAUCCAGAGAUUCGGAGACAUGAUCCCCAUGGGCCUGGCCCGCAGAGUCAUCAAGGAUACCAAGUUUCGAGACUUCCUCCUCCCCAAGGGCACCGAAGUGUUCCCUAUGCUGGGCUCUGUGCUGAGAGACCCCAAGUUCUUCUCCAACCCCCGAGAUUUCAACCCCCAGCACUUCCUGGACGAAAAGGGGCAAUUUAAGAAGAAUGAUGCUUUUGUGCCUUUCUCCAUCGGAAAGCGGUACUGUUUCGGAGAAGGCCUCGCCAGAAUGGAGCUCUUCCUCUUCCUUACCACCAUCAUGCAGAACUUCCGCUUCAAGUCCCCACAGUUGCCCCAGGACAUCGACGUGUCCCCAAAACUAGUGGGCUUUGCCACCAUCCCUCCAAACUACACCAUGAGCUUCCUGCCCCGCUGAGUCAGGGCUGUGCCCCGGCUAGCGCUGGUGGGAGGAGCAAAUGGGGGAGGGAAGGGCCUGGGCGGGGUUAUGGGGAAGGGGAGGGGCUAAGGAUGGGGAAAGGAGGGGCAUGGGAGCGGAGGGGAGGGGCUAGGAGCGGGGUUAGGGAAGGGGCGGGGCUAAGGAUGGGGAAUAGUGGACGGUGGGGAGGAAAGGGCAAGGUGGAUAGAAGAGAAAGAAGAAACAGAACGGACUCUUUGUUAAGCUUGCUAGAGAUUAGAUGAGAGGAAAAGACAACUUAUGUUAUACUUUGAAUAAUAACAAUAGCAGAUAUUAUUUAUUGAGCAAGUA